AUGCUACUGCGGAAAGCCACCGAGAAGUUCGGCGAGGAGAGCAGCAAGUUAGUGUUUGCCCAGGCGAACGGCAGAGCUCCGUUGACGUUUGCGGAGCCAGUGGUCGAGUGGAAGGACAACGUGCCCCCCGAACUUGGAGCUUUUCUGGACGCGCUCGCUUACCCGGUAGAGGAGGACGCCAAUGAUGACGACCUCGUACGGGCGCGAGUCGCCCGCAAAUGCCUUUUGGCGGGAGUGCUGACAUCGUUCGCCCACGAGACGUGGUACAAGAACGCAAACAUUUCAGGUCUUUUCCUCAAGGACCAGUGGAUUCAAAGGGAUGGGUUGGAUUUCCUGGCGAGCAACUUCAAGAUCUCGCAAACAGAUAAUCAUUUGUGGAAGUUGCGAACGAGAUUGGCGGACAUCCUUGGCACCGAAAGCGAGAUGAAGAAGCUGGUACCUCUGACAGCCGCACUGAUGGCCGCGAGUUUCGACAACCUCAAUGUAGAUGUGUUGAGGCACUGGGGGGCAGGUGGACACGUCGACCUCAUUGCUGCCAUCGCGUACUUCCACGUUUUGAAGACUCGGGAAAAGGUCACCGAGCUUCAAUGCGUCCCCCCGACCCUAGACUUUGCUCGCGAUUUUGGGCCCGACAAUGAACGGCUAAUGGAGAUCUGGGGGCAGUUUCGACGUCGAGUUGUCGCGUGUGUGCGUCGUGAUUCAGUCAAGUCGGACGGGGACUUCGAGGUUCAGGUGGCCAGACAGGUCAUCGACGACGCCCAUGAAGAGCGCAUGGUGGGCGUUGAGGACCGCCGUGUACCCUCUGACGUGAAGGCGACCUACCUUGGUGUGGUGAAAUUGGGAACGAAAACACUGCCCGACAUCAUCGAGUACCUGGACGGGUUGAAACAAGUUUUGCACGCGGGCGCCGAACACGGAAGGAGGCGGGCAGUCAUUGUAGGCGAUCAGGAGACGUUCAAUCUUGUGCACAAAGCCAAACAAAAGUAUGAGGUCAAGUAUACAUGGGCGAUCCCGUGGGUUGGCGACUGGCACCUUCUUGAGCACACGCUCGACGUUAUGUUCCUGAAAUGGGGCGGGUUCGGUAUCAUGCCAUUGGCGAAGCGGAGCGACUGCUACAACAACAAGUUGGAGAAGAAAGAUUAUCACAACCGACACAACGUGUUCAUCGGGAUCAUGGAAGCGGCGUGGAGAGCCUGUGUUGCCGAGGUGGGGGGUUCGAGCGCGCCCGCUAUGACCGAUGACGACGUUCUCAACGAGCUGCUCGGGUACAGGACUGACCGGACGAAACACAAGACGUGUGGACAGUGGGUGGAAAUGCUUCUUGUCGACGGUAUGGCGUACCUGGCUCUUUACAUAGGCGACUUCGAUCUGCGCGAGGCCGCACUUCGCAAAAUCGCGCCGCUGUUCUUGGGAUACAACAAGUACAAGUACCACGACUCGUGCAUCAAACAUCUCGCCGACAUAUGUAGGAUGAGCCCUACCGAGCGUUCGUUCAUGAGCAAAACGUUUAGUUUGUCGCUUUCUGGUGUUCCUGGCAAGAACACUAGUCUCGACGAGAUCCAGGAGAUGACUAUGAAUAAGGACUUCAAAGGUGCGGCGACAGGGACGGACAUCAGAUACCUGCAGAAGCUCGGCCUCACGCUGCAACUUUUUGCUUGCUCCGUCCAAGAUUUCAAGGAGGUGUUUGGUAGUAAGCUUGUCUACAACCGAAAGAUAUACGCCAGUGCUCACAGGACUAUGUCGGUCAGGAAGAUGGUCGAGGUUCUCACCGCAGAGGAAAGCCCCUUCAGGCUGCAGAGCGCGUGUGGCAGGGAAGCUUAA